CAGCCGGGCUUCUGCAGGCGAGGCGACAGGACAUUGGCGGAGGGGUAGGGGGAAGAAACGCAGAAUUGUCCACUGCAUCUUUUUUAAAAUCUUCAGGCAACCAGAAUCUCUUGGUGGGACACAGGUCAGCAUCUCUGUGACGCUGCUAGGACGCCACAAGCCGGCUUCAGCUGCCGUGUAGAAGGAUGAGACAGGCUCACUCAAGUCAAGCUCCCACUGAUCCGAGUCAGAGCCAUGCUUCAGGCCAGAAUCUCCCAAACGAUGAGAAAACAGCCACCAGCAACCGGGAAAGUUUCAAGGAAAGGUUCAAGAGGAUGGUGAAACUCCAGUGCCAGGAAAAUACUGGCCGCACUGCCCAAACAAUUGAAUGGCUCUUUCCGCAGCCUUUCAUCUCUGAGAAGCAGUUCCAAUUCUGCGGACACAUUUUGAACAUCGCUCGAUUUUUUGGUGGCGAUUUGGGAUUCUCCGCCUCUGUCUGGGAUGCUGCCCUGGUGCUUUGUCGGUAUUUUGAACAAGAGAAGAUAAGUUUUACUGGGAAGAAGGUGCUUGAACUAGGGUCUGGAACUGGAAUUGUGGGGAUCCUAGCUAUUCUGUUGGGUGGAGAUGUUACUAUCACAGACAAAGAGAAUGUGUUGAGCCAGAUAGAACAUAACGUCUCUGCUAACAUCCCUGCUGAUUGUAGGCAUCGUUCAAAGGUCUGUGCUCUUUCCUGGGGUAAAGACCAUAUCAACUUUCCAACCGACUAUGAUUUCAUCCUGGGUGCAGAUAUUGUGUACACCUCCCUCGUCUACCCCUUGCUGUUAAAGACUCUGCUGCAUCUGUGCUAUGAAUCGACCAUCAUUUACCUCUCUACCAAAUUGCGCAGAGGGAACCACUCUAUCUCUUUCCAUGAGGAGCUUUUGCCUAAAUAUUUCAACUGUGAACUUGUCCACAGAGUUGAGGACAAAAAUAUCAAUGUGUACAAGCUUAGCAAGUUGAAUCCAGUGACGAUAGACGAUGCUUUGAUGUAGAAUCAAAGAACUGUACAGCACAGAAGAAAGCCAUCCUGUCAGUGCUGACUCUUUGAUGAAGUUUCUCCCACUUGUCUGCUCUGUAGAAAGAUGGAUCUUAUUUAAGAACAUGGGCAGCCCUUCAAGCCUGCUGUACCAUUUAAUAAGAUUGUGGUUAAUCAUCCACUUCAACAUUAC